AUGUCGUACAGCAGCAGCCUGAGCUUCGGGCGGGGGGGGGCCCGCAUGCUCACUGCCAGGGAGAUCCUCUGCGAGCGGGUCCAGCCGGCCCACAUCCGAGCUUGCUCGGUCUGGGACGUCAUGAAGGGCUUCGGCGCGGUGCUGCGCAACAACGCGGUGCUCACGCAGGAGAUGCACGACAACAUGUCCAGGGCCGUGGAGUCCAUCGACGAUUUCAUCUCGCACUCGUGGAGGCAGCCACGUGCAAGAAAGCUCUUGGCGCUCGCGCUUGUGUACAACUUUUCCGCCGCUGUUGUCGCUGCUGCCUUGGGCGGGCUGCUCGGCUUUGUGCUGCACCUUACUGACGUGCUGCCAAAUCCUGAUAGCGCUAUCUCCUUGGACGAGUCCGGGGAGCCAACCGGCUAUGGAGCUCAGAUUUUCGGCAAUGCGAUGUUUAUUUUGACGCUUGUUUGUUGGGGGGAUCUGAGGCACCUGUGCUGCGGUGGAUCCGCCCCAGUAGUCUUCUUUGACAAGUACUGCAUCAAUCAAUCUGACCUUGAGGCCAAGAAGGAGGGUAUCAAGUCUCUCGGUGGUACUAUCCAGGAGUCUGUGGCAACCCUGCCACCGUGCCCGCGAAGCACUCUCUGCGGCGACCCUUCGAGCACCGCCGCGGAGGCAGCGGAUUUCACACGUCUUUGGACCGUUUUCGAGAUUGCAUGUUUCAUGUCUGUCCACACCUUCGAUUGCCUGGUGUUCAUGCCAGAGGCGAUACCCAGAGUGCUGAUCGUAAAUGUCGUUUUGUUUAUGUUUGUGAAGCUCACGUACAACGCGUCCUUGCUCUAUUUUGGCGGGGUCUGGUUGACCCGGAUCUAA